AAACCCAACAGAAAAUAGAGUGAAUAAUUCCUGGUGACACAAAGUGGAGCGAAACACGUGGGAGGGAGGGACAAACAAACCCACAACGUCCACAAAAACCACCCGGCCAAUGAAGCAAGAUCCCCCCCUCCAACAAUCCAACCCUAAUCCUGAUUUCUUCACCUUCAAUUCCAAUCCCAUUACCAAUCCCAAAUCUAAUCCAAUCCCGCCGCUUCCUAGAAGCGUUGGCAUUGACGGCAAUGCCAAUGCUUCGGGAUUAGCAGCCGCCGCCACGUCAUCGUCUUCAACCUCGUUCACCACGUCCACAUCGCUGAGCUUGGCGUCAAUGCUGGGCAAUUCCGCCUCCCCUUUCAUCCGGGAAGACGCGGACGGGUCCCACCACCACCACAAUCACGGUGUGAGCCACAGGAAGGCCCACUCCGAGGUGAGCUUUCGGCUGCCGGAGGACAUGAUGGAUCUGCCCGCCGCGGCGGCUGAUCCGUUCAACGGAGGAUCGUCGACGGCGAGUCUAGAGGAGAUGGGAUCGGAGGAGGACCUGUUCUCCACGUACAUUGACCUGGACAAGCUCGGUGGGUCCAAUAAUUCCUCGGAUCAGAAUAGUGGCGGCAAUGAUGGGCCUGAUGGUGGGGCUAAUGGUGGGCCCAAUGGCAAUGCCGGUGGCGGUGAGGAAGGAGGAGGAGGAGAGAAGAGGCCGUCCAGGCACCGGUAUAGCAGCUCGGUAGAUGGGUCGUCGACGUCGACCGGCUUGUUCGGGGAGGUCAUGGAGGCCAAGAAAGCUAUGCCUCCUGAUAAGCUCGCAGAGCUCUGGGCCCUUGAUCCCAAGCGUGCCAAAAGGAUACUGGCAAAUCGGCAGUCUGCUGCUCGCUCAAAAGAAAGGAAGUCCCGCUAUAUACAAGAACUUGAGCGCAAAGUUAAGACCCUUCAAACAGAAGCCACGACUCUUUCUGCUCAACUUACAUUAUUCCAGAGGGACACCACAGGUCUGAGUACUGAAAACACAGAACUUAAACUUCGGUUACAAUCUAUGGAGCAACAAGCUCAGUCGCGCGACGCAUUAAACGAAGCUCUAAAGAAGGAGGUUGAGAGGCUCAAGAUUGCCACAGGGGAGAUGAUGAGCCCUUCUGAAUCAUUCAACUUGGGAAUGCACCAGAUGCCAUACAACCAUCCAUCAGCUUAUUUUCCACUUCAACAACAACCAGGACCGGCUAGUCACCAGACCAUGCAGUUGCGACAAUUCAAUCAUUCCCAGUCUUGUAUGCCUACCCAACAUCUGCAUCAGUCAAAUUCUCAUACUCGUCUUUCAGAUAUGUUGCAGAAUGGCCCUGUCAGUCAGUUACAGGGACUCGACAUUGGUAGUAAAGGAGCACCAGUCGUGAAUUCUGAAGGCCCCUCUCUUUCUGCUAGUGAAAAAAGUUCCCCCUUUUGACACACAAACUGGCUGCCGAGCUGCUCACCUGCUAACUUGUCCAUUGCACACGCUGUCUGGUAGAUUUGUUCAUAGAUUGAUAUCCGAUCGUUUAGAGAGCCCACUCCAUAUUUAUUUCAUUAUUUAUUAGAUCUGUGUCAAGCAUUCAUUCUUCAUUGUUUAUUCUUAGGGCUAUUCCCCAAAACGGGGAAGCACCCUUUUCAUCAGUCUGCUCGACGCGGAAAUUUUGUGUAUGGGGAGUGCUGUAAAUUCUGGGAAUGGAAGGUCAUUGCCAUGGGCAUGGAGAUGCUACCAAUUCAUGAAAGCAUUCUCUUCCUUUGUAUCAUGUUUUUAUGUAAUACCUUGCAACUUUGUGUACUACUGCAACAUGUUUCUUUUCCUUUCUUCUGUAUUCAUACUUCACCCAAAAUCCUAGGAUUAAAGGGAAUGGAAUAUAAGAUUUACUCUUCUUCUCA